AUGAGUGACCAUUUCGGAGCUAAGGAUAGAAAGAAGAAGAAGAAGAAAAAGGUUGUCAUCGCUUGCGUCUCUCGUGGCCUGUUGGCAUGGAGGAAUGGUCUCAACCGCAAGGUCACGUGUUUGAGACGCAGCAUGAGAGAGAGCCUGAGGGAAUCAUUAGAAGAAGAGGAAGAGGUUCAAUAUUAUAUUGGACUUGGUCAAGCUAGGACUGGUUGGAAAAAGCCAAUGUCUAAAAUGAUAUUUGUAAAAGUUUCCCAGCAGAAUAACCUAGCUCCUUCGCGGUAUUUCUUCUCCCGAUUUCCUCUGUUUUCUGCAGCUUCUACGUCUCCCUUCCUUCUUCCUCCCUCACAUGUCUCGACUCUCUAUUUCUGUUUCCAUUCCAAUUCGACAAAUGCUCAUAAUAUUGAAGAGGCCGUCUCUUCUUUUAAUCUCUUGCUUCAUGUGCGCCCCCAACCCUCGAUAAUACAAAUUAAUAAGAUCCUAGGAGCUCUUGCAAAGUUGAAACAUCAUCGAACCGUUAUCUCCCUUUUUGCACAAGCGGAAUCUAAGGGAUUCACGCCAUCUCUGGUAACGCUGAACAUCUUGAUUAAUAGUUACUGCCAUUUGGGUCAAAUGGCUUCUGCUUUCUCUGCCUUAGGCAAGAUUCUUAAGAUGGGCUGUCAGCCAGAUACGGUUUCUUUGACCACACUGAUGAAGGGCCUUUGCAUCAAUAAUGACGUUGGAAAGGCCUUGGAUUUUCAUGACGAUCUGAUAGCAAAAGGAUUUCAGUUAAAUGCAAUUAGCUAUGGCACACUGAUCAAUGGACUAUGUAAGACUGGAAAAACAAGAGCUGCCAUUAAAUUCCUCAUAAAAAUGGCGAGAGGGCCAGUUAAGCCUAACUUAGUUAUGUAUAGUACGAUUAUUGAUGGCCUUUGCAGGGAAAGACUCAUAACUGAAGCUUGUGAUUUAUUUCAUGAAAUUAUUGAUCACGGAAUAUCUCCUAAUGUUGUAACCUACAGCUCUUUGAUAUAUGGUUUUUGUGUCAUGGGUAAAAAGGCAGAAGCUACAAAACUGUUCAAUGAAAUGAUACGUAAGGGCACCAACCCUAAUGUGUAUACUUUUAGCAUAUUGGUCGAUGCAUUUGGUAAGGAAGGAAGUAUGACUAAAGCUGAAGCUUUUGUUGCUAUGAUGAUGAAGUAUGGUACAAUGCCUAAUCAUGUUACUUACAACUCUUUAAUGGAUGGUUACUGUUUGAUCAAUAAUGUUGGUGAGUCAAGAGAAUUACUCAAGAAGAUGGUUAAUAGUGGUUUGGCUCCUGAUACUAUUAGUUAUAGCAUUAUGAUUAAUGGACUUUGUAAAAUCAAGAUGGUGGAUGAUGCCGUGAAUCUCUUUAAAGAAAUGCGUCAUAAAAGCUUGACUCCCAAUACUAUCAUCUAUAGUUCCCUUAUCGACGGUUUUUUCAAGUCAGCAAAAUCUGUGAUGUGCAAGAUCUUAUUUAUGAGAUGCAUGUUAGUGGCCAUACGCCUGAUAUAA